GACAGAACGAGAUGUAGAUAAAUGGUUCAGAGAACCAUCACGAUGAUGAAUUGUGAAACACUUGUGAAACACUUGGGUAUCUUUACUGUGGAAACGUUUCGCCAACCAGUAGCUUCCUCAGUCCAAUAAUGAGAAGAAUGGUUGAAGAUCUAAAGGAGUUUGACGUAAUCAGUCCCUCAGCUUGGAGUCGAUUUAAACAAUCAAUUAGGAUUGAUGGACUAUUUACAACGAUGUAAUUGAUUUAUGGAUAAUAUUGGACAGGAAAAUAUGGGUACAAAUGUUUAAGUUCAUGAACUGUGUGGUGCAUAAUGAAGGUGGGAUGCGAGAACUGGGUGGUUAUGUGUGUCUAUGUACCUGCAGUUGAGAGGAGUUUGUGUGUAGAGAGAGACAGCUUCUGGGAGGUUAGUCCGGGGGUCAACGCCCCCUCGGUCCAGUCAUUGACCAGGCUUCCCGGUGAAUCAGGGCCUGAUCAACCAGGCUGUUACUGCUGGCCGCAAGUAAUCCAACGUACGAACCACAGCUCGGUUGAUCGAGUACUGAUUUUAGGUAUCUGUCCAGCUCCUCCUUGAAGGCAGCCAGGAAGGAUCCGCUACUUUUGUUUUCACGCUGAUUUGUUCGGACCCCAUGACAGCGGUGACCUGAGAGUGUCGUCUCGGUGGAAGUGAGGGGGCGGAAGUCUUGUUAACCAAGACGGAACGAGAAUGCAGACCAAGUUUCGGACGACCCUACGUUAAAGCGGUUUAUGAUGUGUUUUAGUAGGCUGAGAACUCUCUGAAGACGCUGGUAAUGACAACUGAGUGAAGGAGUGAGCAGUGCUCCUCCUUCACUGUAUUAUCGCGUAUUCGAUUCUGAAUGCAACUUCCGACAUGUGGUUGCCAGUUUUCUACAGCACCUUCCUGAACGUUUCUUCUGAGAAAUUAUCUUCAAACUUAUGUUGGAGAGGUUUCACUGAGAAAAUUUGUACAAACAAAAGAUGGUAAUGUAUUACUGGAAUGAGUUAACCCGAGAAAAUUUUCUGGUUAAUGUGGUAAGUUUUAGCUUUUCAAAAAAUUUGACAAAUACAUGGCAACGAUUUUCCCGUGUGACCGGCCGCUCGCCCGCCAGCCUCGCGACUCAAGCCUCCUAGUACCGCUCAGGCAGCCACGUGAGGUGGAUAUAUGCACUGACUCUCUUCUCACGGGACUUUUGAGGUACUCUGGGAGAACUUAACCACAACUCGUUCGUUCCCAGAGCGCUGCCUGCUUCCCUAGAGGAUUAUUUUCAGUAAUCAACUUUUAUCGAAUCGGGAAGAGAUCAACUACACUACCAAAGUGAAUAUUACAGUCAAAAUUUGAAUCCUGAUCAAACUUUAGCUUUAACAACAGCGUAUAGUGAUCUAAUGGCGAAGUGUAUGGAAAAAAACUGUUGAGUUGGAGCAGGUAUUUGUAACUUUGUUAUCGGAGACGUAUGGAAAAGUGCAACACUGCGCAUACUGUUUAAAAAAGGCAGAGAAAGUAGGGAGGAGUGAACACCAUCAGGCGGGAGUGGGUCCUUUGACCAACACCACUUCCGGUGUAGUCACGGACCGGAAGUGGGGCAAAAAGUAUCAACUCAGAGUCAGCAACAGUGGUCAAAUAUCGCGGCCAGAUUUUACACACCAAUAAUUUAACUUUUAAUUGGCACGAGUUGUACAGUUUUCUGGCUAAACCUGACCAGGCAAUAAAUAUUUAUUUGCACUAUUUGAUGCCAAGAAAAUACGUUAUGUGCAGAGAGACUGUGAUUGCUGGCUGAAGCCCUAACUGAAAAUCUGAAACAAAAUCCUAACACUACACAUUGUGAAGAUUCAUGACUGUCCACAUUAGUGUGACCUGAUUACUGCAACAUGAAUUAAUAAUUAACUAAUAACAAAUUAUUCUAAUUACUAGAGGGACUUGUGACUAGUGAUAAGAAGGAACUAGUAAUAACAAGCACAGUAAAGCAUACCCGAGUGUUUAUGGUACAACUGUCAGGUGUGGGUAUCAAACGAAGCUGAAGUACUGCACAAUUCUCGUAAGCAAGACGAAAAAUAUUACACGCAAACUGAAACAUUUAAAACAACGAACUUUUACAAUCCAGAGCGCCAGCAGGUCGUCUCUUAUUGGUGUUCAGUUGAAGUAGGGACCACCAGCAGUCACUGGCCUCACAAACAUCAUUGUUUAAAAAGUGACUCGUGCGAGUAGGUGGCUGUUACUCGUCAGAACUGCCGACCAUUGUUCCUGCUAGGAGCUGCUCGCAUCUCUACUUCAUUUUUCUUACUCUCACGUUUUUGUGUUGUCAGACUGGAGUGUGAGAGGCCCCUCACCUCUCGCUCUGAUAUUCUCUCAAGCCUACAGACAACUACAAAGACGAGAACUAUACAAAAAAGGUGAAGAAGAAAAAAAUAUUUAGAGGGCUCCAUUAAAGGCAGUUUAUCGUCUUCCGUUUCGACACUGGCAGUAACUAAGGGGAAAUCGUGGGCUACAAAUUUUCACUGAUGACAGGAGAGGUCCCUCCUUCAGGAGGCGCUGGUGGGGACCUUACCGAACACAUAUACAUCUUUGCUCUUCCCUCUGUGUAGUUUUUGUGUGUGCCUGUGCCUGCACUUCUGCAAGGUACUUAUAUAAACUGGUUUGUGCCCACACAUUACUGCUUGCUUGUCCUGUUUGUAGUGAAAAAGAGUGAUGCCGGAUUUUCGCUUGACCUGACGGAGAGCGUGAGCGUGAUGGCGUCUCCGUGGUGUAAUGUUGGAAGAGUGUUAGUGGUGGUGCUGCUACUGAGGUUGGCUCUGGCCACCUCCUGCCCCUCUGUCUGUGCCUGCAGGUGGAAAAAUGGCAAAGAAGCAGUGGAAUGUAAGAACCAGGGUCUGGCCAGCGUGCCUGCAGGUGUUCACCCUGAUACACAGGUCCUUGAUCUGUCCGGUAAUAACCUUCAGACUCUUCCAAGACACGCCUUCAAGCGGGCAGGACUUAUCAACCUGCAGAAGAUCUACCUGAGAGACUGCAAGAUUGGCCAGGUCGACCCAACAGCCUUCUUCCAACUCAGUAAUUUGGUUGAGUUAGACCUGAGCGAAAAUCUACUGACGGAGGUACCUUCCCUGGCUUUCUCUCAUAUUCAAGCCCUCAGGGAUUUGCAGCUACGAGGCAACAGACUCCGCAAGAUUCGUAGUGACAGCUUUGCUCACACGCCGUCCCUUGUGCGCCUUGACCUCAGUUAUUCGGGCAUCAGAAGUGUAGCAGCCUCGGCCUUUCAAUCUUUAUCCCUCAUGGAAAAGCUGGAGAUCCAGGGAAAUCAACUAUCAGAGCUUCCAGUGGCUGCUGUGAAGAGCCUGGAACGUGUGCAUGGACUAGAGGUACACGACAACCCCUGGUUAUGUGACUGCCGCGCCCUACCUCUGUGGCAGCUGCUGGAGGUGAAGCGUGUCCCACAUCCCGUCUCCCCUUCAUGCACCUCCCCCACCAGAGUCAAAGGCAGCACUUUUCAUUCCCUGACAGAGGAAGACUUUGCCUGUCCUCCCCAGAUCCUACCAGUUGGCCGCAUGGUGGAGGGCGUGGCGGGGGAGAAUGCCACUAUCGCUUGUCCUGUAGGUGGCCAGCCUCCACCGCAGGUAAUGUGGUUCAAGGGCGAGGCCCCCGUAGUAAAUGGUUCUGUAAUAGGUCUGGGGCCACAACGUCUGUACGUUAUCACAGAGGGUAACAGAAACCUAGUGAGCCGCCUUGUGAUCACAGGAGCGCAGGAAACGGAUUCUGGCACCCUACGUUGUGUGGCUAUUAAUUCUGCGGGGUCUGCGACAGCUAACUUCACCCUGGCAGUCACAAUGAGAGCAGCUACUCAAGCCAAACUGGAUUCUGGUCACAUUGCUGGGAUCUCUGUGGGUCUUGUAGUGUUGGCCCUCAUCGUUCUGGUGGUAGCCUUCCUGCUACUGGCUCGUGCCCGCUCCCACUCCUCACCCACUCCUGUCAAGGACUCCCCCACCACACCCUCCUCGGGUGAAACCUCCCCCAGCGAGCCCAAUCCAGUGCAAAAACCUCCGCGACUCACCGAGCUGAACGGGUCUCCUGGGGCCUACGGAUCUUCCACGCUCGGCAACCCAGACGUGAUCAGCGAGGCUGAGCGCGCCGUGCGAGCUGUCAAUGGUCACCUUCCCAACGGCUCCGUCCAGGGCGUGAGCGACGCCGGCGACUACACGCGCGUUGAAGGAGAUUCCCUUUACCCCAGCGGUCUGUGGCCUGAAGAGGCUAACCCCCAGGAGGACCUCAACAACACGAAUCCCUCCAAUGUGAUUCACGAGCACUUCAACCCUGGUUACAUGGCUAACGACCCUGCCUUCGACGGCUAUGGUCCAGUGCACUCCACGCCCUAUCGACCCGACUAUGAAUCUCAGGAUGACUUUGACCCACAGACCUAUGGGUAUCCCGCUGACUAUGGGCUUCCCAUUCCUGAGGCCGGGCAGGGGCGAGACUCUCGGGGAGCACCUGGGGGUCCUGACUGGAGCAUGGCUGAUCCCCGCGACACACGGGACGGCAUGGACUCCAGCACUGACACUUAUGCUUCCAGACAGGAGCUGUACGCAUCGCAUCAGGAUGUAUUCAGCCCUCACCAGGACUUAAAAGGCUCGAGGCAGGAUCUAUACGGCGUCACUAAGGAGCGGCCGCCAGUGUACGGAUACCGACAGGAGGUGUUCGAAUCUCGAGAAGACGUGGCGGAGGGGGCGGAGAGCCCCCAGGGUCCAACAGGUCCCCUGGGAGAACGGCCCUGGGUGCCGGGUUCACAGGCGCCGUCCUUGGCUCGUGGGGGCGUCGCUGUUCUCCCACCUCUUCCCAACGGCAUCGCCAAUCGUAUUAAAGCUCGCGACUCUCCUGACGAAGGUUACCAAGAGGGUACCGAGGUGUAGCUGGGUCGCAGGGCCCGCCGUAGCGGCGGUCCCUGCUUCCUCCCGCCCACGCCCACACGCCCAUCACGCUUUACAGUCCCUUCUGCUUCACACUCAUCACCUUCUCACACCUCCACUUCUUGGCCCUCCCCUCAAAGCUCUCCCAGUGACUUGACGCCGUGACCUGAUACGUGUACCAGUGACGUGAUGCUCGUGACGUGUCGAAAUUUAAGUGAAGACGCUGUGAGAAAGGAAAGUGUCACACAUAAUACCUCUUAAAUAUUUGCACAGCGGCUAAAGUGGAGUGAGCAAGUGUGCCGAGCCUCGCUAAACGAGCCAGACUUAUUUCAGCAAAUUAUAUUAUUGCAAGGUAACUAGAGGGCACGAGAAAGCUUUUGUGAGGAGUGUGGAGGCGUGACUGACCCCAGUAAGUGUUACUAGUCCCAAGGAGUCCUCGCAACCACCACAGGCUGAGUGUAAGUGUCAGCAGCAGCAGGGAAGGUGUGGUCCUUGCUUCACUUUACACCUGGUCACACAGUGGUGGUGAUGUACACAGCCGAGCCACCGUGUUUGUACUCGACACAAGGUUAUAUCAGUUGUUAUUUUAAUGUGCCAGUUGGCAUGACACCAAAGACUGGGCAAGCAAGUCCUGGCGCUUGUGCUGGUGAGGACCUGCAGCAGGUCCGCGCUUGUGAAGUUACCUGUAAGAGAUUCUUAGUGUAUGCAGUGUGUGGUGGCCUGGAGAGCUAGUGGUCCUGUGUUCAUAUACACCACACACUACAGUCUUCAGUUAUGUAUUGUGCGUGAGGUAACCUUGUACUUGAUGUUCACAUUUUUCGAUGCUAUAAUAUAAACUUAAAGUGAUCAAUAAGCAAAAUCAUAAAAAACAAACUACUCUUGUGAGUAAUGGAUGUACUAUAAAUGUUGAAUAUUUCUUAAAGAGAAUCAUAGCACAAACUGUGAAUUAAUAAGUUGUUUUUAAUGUCAUAAGAGGUCUACCAGUCGCAUUUUUUCCUCAUCAAUCCCACUCAGCAUAAAGAAUAUAUGACAUAUCUUCACCUCAGUGUUAUGAGGUUGUAAUAGCUAUUGUAACAUUCAGGUACGACAAAAUCUGAUACAGUAUUAUAUAUAAUCUCGUGUUUAAGGGAUCAGAACACUGAGAAGCUGUUAAUACGUCACCCAUAUCGUCUUUACACUGUCAGUCACGUCCUUCUGACAUUGAGGUGACGAAAUGUUUCCUAGACAAGCCCUAGCGAAGACCUUAACACCACUUCCCCUUCCCCAGAUUAAGGGAUCAGCUGACUAUUUUGGUACGAGGGGAAGUGGCUCUUAAGGGAAUCACUAGCGUGUAUUAUCAAAGCCCGAGAGGGUAUUUUGUAUCCAUUAAUGCCCCUAUCCAUAUCCCGGUACACCAGUACUCAAAUAUGUGGGAUUCGGUUACCCAGGCCUCCCUCUCAUCUAGAAAUCCAACUAAUCCAUACUUCCGUUAUCCAGGAACCAUUUAAUUAACUUUGUAUAGAGCUACGAUUGCACAGUUAACCAAAAAACUUUUUUAAGUUAACAGGCAUUGGGUUAUUCGAUGCACUGUUUCCAAAAUUAAUAUUUUAUAGGACUUUAAAUCUUGUCAGCUUUAUUGAUAAUUUUUGCAUAAACAAAAGAGUCAAUGAAUCAGACUUAUGUUAAACCCAAGUCUAAUCAGAAUCCUGUUAAUCAAUUAGAACUUCCAAGAGACUUUAACAACGGUCAUGCAGCCUUGUCUUAUAUGACACUGUCAUGAACCCAACCACAGUUAUUCAGUCUUGAUCAUCCUAGGAAGCUAAAGAGGUGUCAUUUUCCCUUAUGUAAAUUGUUGCCCUCGCCGCCGGAUCCCUAGGGACCAGGGCGAGGAUCCCCCCCCCCCACACCUCGUGCCAAAUAGCAAGUGCUGGGUAGCCACAAGGACGCCACUUAUCCCUUUCCCCUUCAACCUCAGUGUAGACUUACUAUAUCCAAAGUUACAUAGAGCUUUAAUUGAACAACCACCGAUGACUCAGUUCACUCAGAUCAGUUGAAUGAACCGCUGGGCAGGACCCCGUGAUACUGGAAUGAAUGUUAUUAAGUAUGGGAACUGGUCCUGCAAAUGUUAAGAUGUCUCACGACCUGGCAUCAGCGCUAUCUAUUGAGUACAUUUAUAAUUAUGAUGCUCCCUCGGAAAAAAAUAGUCUACCUUUGAAAAUUAGAAUAAAAAGUUGAUGCAUAAAUACGUUAAUGUAAUUAAAGACAUUGCUCAUUUUUUAUUUGAUCUUUGCUAAUAACCGUUGAUGAAAACUGUUUAGAGGCUCUCUUGUGUUUCC